CUUCAAAAACUGAAGACUGUUCUAUCGCACCAGAAUCUCAAGAACUUUUUGUUGAAGACAACGAGGAGGUUUCGGACAUAUUCACGCAACAGCCCAACGUUGAAGUCUCAUUUGAAUUGGAAUCGGCCAAAAAAGAAUUAUUCGUCGACCCUUGUUGGUCAGAGGAAGUACGCACUUAUAAAAAUCUAUUACUACACUCUCAAUGGAAGAAUAUCAAAGAGCUACUACCGAAACAAGAAGACAUGGAUGUGACGGACGUGAUAAUGGCAUUAUCGGCGUGCUUGCACGUAUCCGGGAACGCCGAAUUGCUUCCCGUCCAUAUACUCCUGUUAUAUCUGGCCAACAAUUGUCACUACGGGGCGAUAACACCGAUGGGCUUGACCAAACUACUCCAGAAACUUCCACCACCUCAGUUGUGGAAAGAAAUGCAAGUGCAAACGUCUCUAUCCAACUCCGAAACCACUAUCUCGCUCCUGGAGGCCCUGCGUGGCGCGGCGGCGCAAUUCUCUCGGAUAUUAACAGUUGGGUGGCAGAACAAGCCGGUCAGCUGUACACUCGAUGCAUGGAGGGUCCUCGCACGAAACGAUAUUACUCGUGGAUAUUUGUCCCCAGUACAAUUGGUGGACUUGAUUCUAUCGUGGAGGACCUGGAGAGAGGAUUGCGCUACUGUAUCACGCACGGGUCCAACAUCGACUUUGUACUCAUUGCGAGGCACGAGGACCACAUCCAUGUUAACCACGUCUGCACUAGCUCCAACACCAGUUGCAGAUGUUCGUGGUUGCGUGGCAGUGAGUCCUACCGAACGUCCCGAAGGCAACAACUGGCGCGAAAUGUUCGAGCGGUUGACAUCGACACCGAGGGAUGGGAGAAUGUCUUACGAUAUUUCCUUGACGGUGGCCGACGUAUCGAGCGCCUUAUCGUUGGAAGUCGAACCCGACGAUCUCCUGUGGGAGCUGAAAUGCUACAGGAGACGGGACGUCCGGGGAAUGGACAAGUCCGAGUGGUGGAAACGGACGCACCUGAAGAUGACCGGAACCUGCUCGGAGAGCCUCUCGGAGCAGGGGAAGCUUAUAGACCGUCUAGUUGCCUCGGUGACGCAGCAGUUGUCAGACAAUCCGGCUACACGGCGCAAGAAAGUCAUGAGGUACGACAAGAAAUAGUCGAUCUCUUGCUCAAGACUGGUGGCUCCGUUGACGGUUCUAUUUUAAAAGGCCGUAAACGAAAACAAAGGGAAAUAGAAAUAUUAAUACGUAUGUAUCCCACCUGCCCAAUAAAUGCUGUUAACAAAACAAUCGAAUUCAUAAAUAAUACCCAUACUAAGUAUAUCUCAAGUUCGGACAGGGACCUAGCUGUAAUAAUUAAAAAUUGGUCAAUUAUAUUAAAUCAAUGGAGCGUACAACAGUUUUGGGACUAUUAUUCUUCACCGGGUGUACGGCCGUAUUUUAAUUUGUACGCUUUUACCAACUGUAAAUCGUCAUUUUAUUAUACACCAGCGGAAUCGCUCGAAAUCGCCGUUGAAUUGCUAUCGUUUCAGUUUGACGGCGAUUUUGAACGUAUCCAUAAAUUUGUGUACGACUUAUUUGACGUGGUGGAGAAGAACGUUCCAAAACGUAAUACGCUCUCCGUUCUAUCGCCCCCAAAUGCCGGUAAAAAUUUUUUUUUUGACGCUGUAUGUUCUUAUUUUUUAAAUUACGGCAUUAUCUCAACGCUCAAUAAACAUUCGCCUUUCGGGUAUCAAGAUAUGGACAAUAGGCGGAUAGUUCUAUGGAACGAACCCAACUACGAGUCCAACGAAACCGAAACGUUGAAAAUGUUGUUGGGUGGAGAUAGUGCUAAAAUUCGAGUUAAAUAUUUGGGGGAUCAAGACAUACAGGGUCCACCUAUAAUUAUACUAACAAACCAUUUUAUACCUCUGUUCUCCGAUCCGGCCUUUGAAAGUAGAAUUUGUCAAUACGAGUGGAAGGCAGCACCGUUCCUUAAACACUGCAGGAGUGGCAAUUGUUGUAGAAGAUGGUUUUGGUGUAGUACUCGUAGUAGUACUGACAGUAGUUGUAGGGUCUGGAGGUGUAGUAGACGUAGAGGUGGAGAACGGUUUAAUAGUUGUAGUACUUGUUGA